UAAUUUAGAAAGGUUUAAACUUCAAACUGUGAAAAUGAGCCUAUAAUUCUAUAAAUAUCGUGAUGGUGUGAGAUCGAGAAACGUUAUUGAGGAAGCGAAAAUGACACCAAUUAACUCUCUCAUUCUGGUUCUCUCUUGCUCUAUCUUCUAUUUUGCUCUAGCAAGAAACGAGUUUGUACAUAAGCCAAAUGAAAAAGCACUCCAUUAUCACACCCUUCAACCAAGCUCCCUCUUACCAUCAUCUACUUGCAUCCCAUCCGUUAAAGGUGAUAAGAAAAAAGGUUUAUUGGAAGUGGUUCACAAACAUGGACCAUGUUCUACGUUUAGUGAAGACAUGGUCAAUCCCUUGACAGUGGAUGAAAUAUUAACACAUGAUCAAUCCAGAGUUGACUCAAUCAGGGCUAGAUUGACCAUCAAGAAAGGUGAAACAGAGACACUUGGGUCCAAGGCCACACUCCCUGCAGAAUCAGGCCGCACAAUCGGGUCAGGUAACUAUAUCGUGACUGUCGGCUUAGGCACUCCAAAGAAAGACCUUUCACUCGAAUUUGACACAGGAAGUGAUCUAACUUGGACACAAUGCGAGCCAUGUGUCGUGUCCUGCUAUAUGCAAAAAGAACCCAUAUUUGCACCAUCUGCAUCAUCCACUUAUAGCAAUAUUUCAUGCACCUCCCCCGAGUGUGCUGAACUCGUAUCUGCAACCGGCUUCACGCCUGGGUGCACCUCAGGUACAUGUGUUUAUGGCAUUCAAUAUGGUGACAAAUCUUUCACAGUUGGAUUCUUUGGAAAGGAGAAACUUACAAUUACCCCAAACGAUAUAGUCAAUGAUUUCUAUUUUGGAUGUGGUCAAGACAACGAAGGACUAUUUAACGGUUCAGCUGGGAUUCUAGGACUUGGUCGUGACAAGUUAUCUAUUGUAUCACAAGCCGCUACACAAUAUGGAAAAGUCUUCUCCUAUUGUCUCCCAUCAACGUCUAGCGACACAGGAUAUUUGACAUUCGGAAGUAGUGAAGUUUCUAGCAAUGUCACAUACACACCGUUCUCAAAAGACAAUUUUUUCUAUGGUCUUGAUCUUCAAGCCAUAUAUGUUGGCGGAACUAAACUAGAAAUAAGCCCAACGGUGUUUCAAACUUCAGGUAUGAUCAUAGACUCAGGAACCGUCAUCACAAGGCUCCCUCCUACAGCCUACACGGCUCUACGUGAGGCUUUCCGUGCACAAAUGACCCAAUACAAAUUGACUGAAGGCAUUCCUAAAGCAUUUGAUACAUGCUAUGAUUUUACAAACACUCCCACAGUUACAAUUCCAAUAAUAAGCAUGCUUUGGGCUGGGAAUGUGUUAGUUGACACUGCACCUUCAGGGAUACUUUAUUUUAACCGUAUUAGUCAAGUGUGCUUAGCUUAUUUUGCGAACAGCGAUGAUUCGCAACUUGGUAUAUAUGGAAAUACUCAGCAAAAGACACUACAAGUGGUGUAUGAUGUGAAUGCAGGAAAACUCGGCUUCGCACAAGGAGGCUGUGCUUAAACAAACAUAUGAAGAAAAGAAUUACAGUGAUUCAUGGCUAUAAAAUGAUAUAUUGUUGAAGUUGUCAUAUACUAUAUAAUGUGUACUGUACUAUAUUGUGAAUCCCUGACUUACUUCCUCCUAUGUUAAUCUCUACAUUUGGAAUGAUAUACCAUAAGUGUUGGGUU